UCCACGCUCAAGAAUCAUUUCUUCUUACCCCUUUUCUUUAAUUCGCAAUACCACAUUCACAGGUAGAUAGAUAGAUGGACAACGGUUUUUUUUUUUCUCCUGUUCCUUUAGGUUCAAUAUUUUUUUUUUAUCCUUUUUUUAUAAUUUUUUAUUUUAUUGUUUUCCUUAUGGUCCUUGAAUUGGAUUGUGCCACUUACAUCACUACAAGAGGUAGUCCUUUUGACAGGAACAGCGUAUGUGAGUUCUGCUGAGGGAACAUCUCCAAGAAGCAGAACAAGUACUUUGCUUUAUCAUUUUCCAUUUCCGUGAACUGGUGUGUACUACUACUACCCUUAACCUUCUCAUCUAUUACCACUCUACAAUCUUUCUUCUUUGAGACUCAUUCCGUAGAAAAAAAUAAAAGAAGUAAAAUUCGUGAUUUAGCCAUAGUCUUGCCUUAGGAAAAUAAAUAUCAUCAAUGCUUCCUGUUUGAUGUUGUAGCUAGAGAAUAUCAGAAAAAGGAAUUUCAGCUUGACACAUUGUUAGUGUUAUAAUCAAGGUUUGAAAAUACGGUCUACUACGACCGUAAUUUCAGCGGCCACAACAUUAAGAAUUUUCAAAUCAAGUCUAAAUUGUGGUCUCAUCAGCCACAUUUGUCUGUAAUUUUACGCAAUAUCAAGGAUCGCGACGAAACUGCAACCGUGACUGGGACCGCAAUUCAAAACUUUGGUUACAAUCUUGGCUCUUUUUGUCUCAUGGGCUCUGUUUUUGGCCUGAUUCUGAUGGUAUUUUCCUGGGUGUCGUUUACAUUUCCGGGAUCCAAUGCUCAGGAGGGUGUCAAAUCAGCUCAUGUUCUUGACCUCAUCAUAAGAGAUCACACGUUCAAGGCAUUGGACAAGAACUUUAGGACAGCAAUACCACAAUCAGUGAGCUUACCAGCAAAUCUUUCAGGCAUUGGAAUUGAUGCUGUGAGGUUCAGAUGUGGCAGUUUGAGAAGGUAUGGUGCACACCUAAAGGAAUUCCAUCUUGGUACUGGUGUAACUGUGCAUCCAUGUAUUGAGAGGGUCAUGUUGAUAAGACAAAACAUGGGGUACAAUUGGUCUUCUAUAUACUAUGCUAACUAUGAUCUCUCUGGGUACCAGCUUGUGUCUCCAAUUGUGGGACUCCUAGCUUACAAUGCUGAUGAAGAUGCAAAGUCAAGCAACCCUUUUCAGCUUGGGAUUGUGGCUGGAGAAACGCCUAUGACAAUUGACUUCACCAAUGCCACAAAGAUGAACCAAGAAGAUGGGGUCAAGCCCUUGUGUGCUAGCUUUGAAGGUGAUGGGAGAAUGACACUAGCAAAAGCACCAAACCCUUCAACACCACUUGUUUGUGUUGCAAAGAGGCAUGGCCAUUUUGGCUUGGUUGUGGAGUACUCGCCGCCGGAUCAGUUCAGGAAUAAGCCCUUAAGUAGGUGGAAAGUGGCGGUUGGGAGCACUAUUGGUGCCGCUUUGGGUGCUUUUCUUUUAGGCCUUCUUCUUGUGGCAAUGCUUGUUAGGGUGAAGAAGAGAUCAAGAAUAGUGGAGAUGGAGAGGAGAGCCUAUGAAGAAGAAGCCCUUCAGGUUUCAAUGGUUGGACAUGUGAGAGCUCCUACUGCACCCGGCACUCGAACCACACCCGUAAUUGAGCAUGAGUAUAUACCUCAUCAUCCUCGUUGAAUAUGAUUUCAUUUUGUUGCUGAUGAAUCAAUUUUGUAACAUUAUAAGAUGACAUUCAAAUCAAAUUUAGCAUAGGCUGAAACUAUGAAGAGUUUCAAUAUUGUGUUGCUGAUCAAUCCAAUUUUGUAACAUUAAGAUGACUUUCAAUCAAAUUUGUCAUAGGCCAAAAAUUA